UGUUCCAAUCCCCUCCAUAUCAUGUGAUUCAGGUGUUCCAAUCCCCUCCAUAUCAUGUGAUUCAGGUGCUCCAAUCCCCUCCAUGGACACAGGUGUAUACAAUCAAGCCCCUAGGCAUGCAGACGCUUCUACAAACAUUGGUGAAAGAAUGGGUCGCUCUCAGGAGCUCAGUGACUCCAAGCGUGGUCCCGUGAUAGGUGGCCACCUGGGCAAUAAGUCCAUCCGUGACAUUUCCUGGCUACUAAAUAUUCCACGCUCAACUGUUAGUGGGAUUAUAACAAAGUGGAAGCCACUGGGAACAACAGCCACUCAGCCACCAAGUGGUCGGCCACGUCACAUGACAGGGCGGGGUCAGCGCAUGCUGAAGCGCACAGUGCGCAGAAGUCGCCAACUGUCUGCAGAGUCAAUAGCUAAAGACCUCCAAACUUGGUGUGGCCUUCAGAUGAGCCCAACAACAGUGCGUAGAGAGCUUCAUGGAAUGGGUUUCCAUGGCUGAGCAGCUGCAUCCAAG